GCGGCGGCAGGCGCUGAAACCUCAGAGCUAAUGGAAACUGGGGGCGAUGCCAGAUCGGCACCUCGGCGGGGAGGCAGAGGCGGCGGCGGCCGUGGCGGGUUUCCAGCGACUGCCGAGCCCAGCGCUCCCCCGGCUGCGGGGACGAACAUGAAUAUUGAUGGACCCGGCGGUGGCGGGAGGAGCGGGGCGGCCGCGGCCGCUGCUGCAGUGCCGGGAGCCCCAGGAGCUGCCGCCCCGCCGCUCCGCGCACCCAGCUCCAGGGAUCCCAAAAUGGUCCAUCAGCGGUUCCUGCGGCGGAGCGUGGUGGACUCGGACCAGGAGGAGCCUGCUUUCGACCUUCCCGAGUCAGAGCAUCAGAGGAAAAUUAUCCUGCUCCCUAAAACCCGGAGGAUAAUUGCGGAGAGAGCCAAGGCAGGGCAGGGGGCCCCCGAGCAGGGGUCCCUGGGGGCAGAGCCUGCCGGAGCGCUGACGGCAGCGCCGGCCCCUGGCAGCGCCGCGGGGGCCGAGGAGCAGAGGGAAGCCGGGAAAGAUGCGGAGAGGAAGGAGGCGUCGGAUGCUUCCAAAGAUCAGAGCAAGGCAAAGAAAGAGGAGCCCGAGGAGGAGGCCGAUAUGAAAGCGGUUGCCACUUCGCUGGAUGGCAGGUUCCUAAAGUUUGAUAUUGAACUCGGGAGGGGAUCCUUCAAAACGGUCUAUAAGGGCCUGGACACCGAGACGUGGGUGGAAGUCGCGUGGUGUGAACUCCAGGACAGAAAACUCACAAAAGUAGAGAGGCAGAGAUUUAAAGAGGAAGCAGAAAUGUUGAAAGGUCUACAGCACCCAAACAUUGUGAGAUUUUAUGACUUCUGGGAAUCCUGUGUAAAAGGCAAAAGAUGCAUCGUGCUGGUUACUGAAUUGAUGACCUCUGGAACACUGAAGACGUAUCUGAAGAGAUUUAAAGUGAUGAAACCAAAAGUCCUGCGUAGUUGGUGCCGGCAAAUCCUGAAGGGUCUUCUUUUCUUGCACACAAGAACUCCACCAAUAAUUCACAGAGACUUAAAAUGUGACAAUAUUUUUAUUACUGGACCAACUGGAUCUGUGAAAAUAGGGGACUUGGGUCUGGCAACCCUCAAGAGAGCUUCUUUUGCCAAAAGUGUAAUAGGUACACCGGAAUUUAUGGCCCCAGAAAUGUAUGAGGAACACUAUGAUGAAUCCGUGGAUGUCUAUGCUUUUGGAAUGUGCAUGUUGGAAAUGGCUACCUCAGAAUACCCUUACUCAGAAUGCCAGAAUGCUGCUCAAAUUUACCGGAAAGUAACCUGUGGUAUAAAGCCAGCAAGCUUUGAGAAAGUUACGGAUCCUGAAAUUAAGGAGAUAAUUGGGGAGUGCAUUUGCAAAAAUAAAGAAGAAAGAUAUGAAAUUAAAGAUUUACUAAGCCAUGCCUUUUUUGCUGAAGAUACUGGGGUAAGAGUGGAACUUGCAGAGGAAGACCAUGGUAGGAAAUCUUCUAUUGCCUUAAGACUCUGGGUAGAAGAUCCUAAGAAACUGAAAGGAAAACCCAAAGAUAAUGGAGCCAUUGAGUUUACUUUUGAUCUGGAGAAGGAAACUCCUGAUGAUGUUGCACAAGAAAUGAUUGACUCUGGAUUUUUUCAUGAAAACGAUCUCAAGAUAGUUGCAAAGUCAAUACGUGACAGAGUAGCACUAAUACUAUGGAGAAGAGAGAGAAUUUGGCCUAGGAUGCAGUCAGAGGAACGUCGAGACUCUGAGUGUCUGGAGAAGCUGAAGACCCCUCACACCCAGCAGGUCCAGGUCACCUACCUUUCUCACACGGGUCACCAUGUCCUGUCAGAGUCGGAGGAGCCCGAGGCAGACCAACAUCCCUACCACCAAAACCUGCCCACCAGUGUCACCUCUGUUGCCUCUGACAGCACGUUUGACAGUGGUCAGGGGUCGACUGUUUAUUCAGACUCCCAGAGCAGCCAGCAAAGUGUCAUCUACUCCUCCCUGCCCGAGCCGGUGCCCCCGGCUGCCCAGCGGGUGUACAGCCCCCCCCUGACUGAGAGCCAGGCCCUGCCCCACAGCCUCACACAGCUGGGACACUUCCAGCAGCCCUCAGCACCCGGUCUCCCCGCAGCUGCCCCUGCCGUGGUGGCCCCGCGGCCCCAGCCCUUCCAGGAGCCCACGAUGUCCUUCCCUGUUGUCCAACCCACCACUGUCUCCUCCCUGCCCAUGGGGCAGCCACAGCCAGUGCUGGCCGGCCAGCAGCAACAACCCAUAUCACAGCAAGCUUCUCUGCAGCAAGUGCUGGCCAGCCAGCCUGUUUGCCCAAUCCAGCCUGCAACCCAUCUGUUACCCCAGUACCAGCCCCAGACCUCUCAGGUGGCAGCUACCAGUACACCACUAAAACCCCUUCAGAUUUCAACUGUGCCACAGCUUCCACCAGUGGCCCCUUCCCAGAUUCCUCAGUUUCCUGUCAUUCCUGCAAUUACUCCUCUGGCAGGACUUGACAGCCUUCCUCCAAACCUCUCUGAUAUACCUGCUGCAAACGUGCCCCCCAUACCCGCUCCUUCUCAGUACUUUGCUCCAGCCGUGAUUUUGCCCAGCCUCCCCAUGAACCCCACGCUGCCUCUGGCACCCAACUCCCCCGCCCUCCCCAUGCAGGCAGUCAACCUUCCUCACACCACCGUGGCUUCUCUGGUCUUGCCCUGCCAAACUAUAGUGCCAAACAUGUCUGCGGCCACCAUCCCCCUCCUUGCCGUGGCCCCGCCGGGAGUGCCGGCACUGCCGCCGCACCAUGGGGUGCCCCAGCUCUCCCAGCAACAGAUGUACCAGAGCACCUUCCAGCAGAUCAUUCAGAGUGAAGCACCCUCUCCCCAUCACACCCAGAGCACACAGGCAGUGUCCCAGCAGCAGCAGCAGCAGCAGCAGCAGCCUCCACCUCCUCAGUCCCUGCAGCCCAGCGUCAUCCAUCCUCCAGACCAGGCCCUGCCUGCACCUGGGGCUGCUCACCAGCAGAUUUCUGGACACCCUCAGUAUGCUCUGGAAGCUGGAGCCCAGGUGCCUGUGCUGCCUGUACAACCCUCCAUAGUCAUGUCACCGCCUGUGCAGCUGCAGCCUGAGCUGCUGCCUCCCCGCGUCACUCCAGAAGGCAUUUCCCAGGUUCAUGGCAGCCUGGCAGCAGCUAGCCCACCCAUCCCCAUAGAUCACUCUCUGCCUCUCCAGCCUUCUGCUCUGCUGCAGCUCCAGCCUGAUCUUUCCCAGCCCCUGGGUCAGCAGCUCCCAGCUCCCUGCUCCGCUGUCCCGGCAGCAGCAGAGACAUCUCAAGAGGAGCAGGCAAUGCAGGACAAACUCCAAACUCUGUCACAGAGCUGUGAAAGCUAUAUGAGUCAAGAUGUUACUUCAGGUAAAGAGAUGAGUGACAGCUUUGAAGGAGCAAUAGGAAGUGGAAAACAAGAAGGAAAGUCUUCGAAAAAACAUAAGAAAUCUACACGCACUCGUUCCCGCCAGGAAAAGUCCAGCAGACCCAAACUGACCAUAUUAAAUGUUUGUAACACAGGGGAUAAGAUGGUGGAGUGCCAGCUUGAGACGCACAAUCACAAAAUGGUGACUUUUAAGUUCGAUUUGGAUGGUGAUGCACCAGAGGAAAUUGCUACUUACAUGGUGGAGAAUGAAUUCAUAUUGCCCAGUGAAAAAGAGACAUUUAUUGAACAAAUGAAAGACAUUAUUGAUAAAGCAGAAGAUAUGCUCAGUGAAGAUACCGAAGGAGAACGAAGUUCUGACCAGGGAAUGAGUCCCCAGCAAGAUGCUGAUAGACUGGAAGUGAGUGAGGAGAAGAGGCAGUCUCACAUGAAGGCACCUGUCUAUCAGCAAAAUGUUUUGCAUACAGGAAAAAGGUGGUUUAUCAUAUGUCCUGUCGUGGAAAACCCUACUACUGAUGCACCAGAAUUCUCUCCCCCAGUACCUCAGAGUGCACAGCAGUUGGAAGGGCCAGACCCAGAGCAGCCGGAUGACCAGCAGGCCAGCUCUGCCAUCAUGGAUCCACCCGGGGGCUCAGCUGCUCAGCAGCUUCCCCUGCAAGCGGGUGUCAGUGACAGCUCCCUCGGGGCCUCCCCAGCUCCGGCGCAAGUUCCUGCUGCAGCAUCUUCCACUGGAUUGCCGAGCCAGGUGGACUUCCCAGCUCCGGCACUGCUGGGAUCUGCUCCAAACCCCCCGGAGCAGGCGGCUGCUAACGGUGCCCAGCCGGAGUGUCCUCCGCUGCCGCCGGGGAUGGUGGCCCAGCCGCCAGGGAUGGUGGCCCAGCCGCUGGGUGUGCCUGCCGCCCACACCGCCACACUGGAGGAGCCUUCCGAGGCUGCCCCCGCCCCGUUGCCCCGGCAGCCUCAGGCCGACGAGGGCACCUGUGUCCCCGACGUGGAGCUGGCGUGCUGCAGCGUGGGGCCGCACGUGGUGGUGCCAGCAGCUCCCGUGGUGGCACCCGAGCCCUGCCCGCUGCCUGUGCUCCCCGACGCCGUCGUCCUGGAGCGGCAGCCGGCGGCACAGGCCUCACAGCUGCCGGAGGCCGCCCAGCCCGGGCUGCUGCAGCAGCACCCCUUCCUCAGCCAGACCUUCCCCCCCGCCGACCCCCUGGGCAUGGCAGGGUCCCAGCUGCAGAGCCCCACUCAGGUGCCGGUGGUCGCGUCCCAGCAGCACGCCAUGCUGCCACAGGGCCAGCCAGGCCCCUGCCCCGGCGUGGGGGUCGGCCUGCUGCAGCCCAGCACCGCUGAGUCCGACGGGGAGGGUCCGCCCAGGGUGGAUUUCGUUGACAACACCAUCAAAAGCCUGGAUGAGAAGCUGCGCAAUUUGCUUUACCAGGAAUACGUUCCUACUUCUUCGGCGUCGGCCGGGACCCCCGAAGCCCCUGUCCCUUCAGAGCAGGGUGACAGUGAGUUUAACUUGCCGCCUUUCCCCGAAGAUGGCGUUUCCACAUCAGAGGUGAGGGAACCUGGCCACAGCGUCGCUGAUACCAGCCAGGAGACCAAAGCUGCUGCUGAGGCCCCGUCGGUGCCACUCCUGCCAUCCAAGACCUCACCCUACCCAGUCCUGUCGGAGGUCACUCAGUCCUCAGAAGCAAGAGGUGGGUCAACAAGCAGAAAAGGGUCAACUGCAAGUGUCGCUUCAACUCCUGCUGCUUCAACAAAAGGCCUCCUUCAGGUUGCACCUACAUCAUCAAGCCUAACUCAACAGAUGGAAGUUUCUAAAAGGAGCGAGAAGGCAACGGCUUCCUCUGCACAGGAUAAUGUAACACAUACAUCUACAGCAGAUGGGGUGAUAAAUAACCUUCAAAGGGAUGACUCUCUGGACUCUGGUUCCUGUGGAAAACAGGCUGAAACUCACGAUAGCAGUACACCAGCCAAAACUAUUGGCAGGUUUUCAGUAAUCAGCACCCAAGAUGAAUUAACUUUGACAGCGCCGCACUGCUUGAGGUUCUCGGCACCCCCGGACGUCUACUUGGACGCGCUGCCUUCCAGCCCUGACCUGCAGACAGCUGUCCGGAGGGUGCAGACAGCCUCUUCUGUUGACAUCCUCUGUGACCAGGCUUCCAGUGACUCUGCCGAGGAGCCUUUCCACCGUCAGCCAGCUGCUGCUGCCCAACUGUCCCCCCCCAGCAGCAGUGCAGCCACUGACUUAAUUAAAAAAGCAGCCGCUUUCCUGCAGAGGUCCAGCAAGGCUGGCUCCCCGGGUCCCGAGUCACCUAAUGGCCAGGGAACAAAAAUUCCUACCAUCAACAUCACAUCUUUCCACUCCCAGUCGUCAUACAUGAGCAGUGACAACGACUCGGAAUUUGAAGAUGCAGAUAUGAGGAAGGAAUUGCAGAGCCUCAGAGAAAAGCAUAUGAAAGAAAUUGCUGAACUUCAGACUCAGCAGAAGAAUGAGAUAGAAGCACUGUAUAUUCGGCUAGGGAAACCCCUGCCUCCCAACCUGGGCUUCCUCCACUCAGCCCCACCCAGCGGCCGUCGCCGAAGAACCAGCAAAAAUAAAUUAAAAGGUGGAAAACUGUUAAACCCUCUGGUCCAGCAGCUCAGGAGCAGAACAUCAAGCACAAGUAAUCUUUCAGACUCUAAAGAUUCACCCCACAAAGAAACAGCUAAAGCUCAGCCUGGCUCUCCUGAAGCAGCAGCAGUCACUGCCCCUGCACCAGCCACCUUUGGGAAAGCAGUUCAGACACAGCAGCCCUGCUCUGUCAAAGCCUCUUUGUCUUCUGACAUCUGCUCUGGCUUAGGCCCUGAAGGAGGUGACGCCAACGCAAGCUCUAGCCAAGGCUGGACGGUUUUCCACCAAACGUCUGAGAGAGUGACCUAUAAAUCUAGUAGCAAACCUCGUACCAGAUUCCUCAGUGGACCUGUGUCUUUGUCCAUCUGGUCCACCUUGAAACGACUAUGUCUAGGCAAAGAUCACAGUAGUAGAUCCUCAACAAACAGUCUUGCAACGUGUCCUGAGCCCCUCCCGCAAUCCACCCUGCAGGUUCAGGCCAACAACAGUAACAACAAGAAAGGGACCUUCACAGAUGAUCUUCACAAGCUGGUGGACCAGUGGACAAGCAAAACCGUUGGAGCUGCACAGACAAAACCUUCUUUAAAUCAACUGAAGCAGAACCAAAAAAGGCAAGACAUGGAGCCAAAGGCUAAUCCCAUGCAAACACAGAAUGAGACAUGUGGAAUUCUGAAAAUGAGAUCAUCAGCGACUGACACAUGGCCCCCUCAGCUACGGUGCCAAGUGCGAGGCCCCGCCGCAGCUGAGGAGGAGGAAGAGGAAGAUGGGAAGUGAUGUAUCAUGUGUGAGAAAUUCUGUGCUGUGCUGGUCCAUUCAACGCAAUUUUGUAACUUCUUU